UGACCUGAAAAAACCAUGUCUGAGGUCCAGGGAACAGUCGAGUUUUCUGUGGAGCUACACAAAUUCCAUAAUGUGGAUCUCUUCCAGAGAGGGUAUUACCAGAUAAGAGUUGGACUGAAAAUCCCAUCCAGGAUUCCCCAUAGACUGUUUGCGACGAUUGCGGGACAGACAGGUGAUUCCAGCCUUUGCUCAGCCUGUGUUCAUGAAAACAACGUUUACAGCAGAAUAUUUCAGAUCUUGUACAGGAACGAAGAAAUCAUUCUUAAUGAAUCAAUGAACUUCAGAGUGCACCUGCUUCUGGAUGGUGAAAGGGUGGAAGACGCAUUGAGCGAGGCAGAUUUUCAGCUCAAGUUGGACCUGCACUUUACUGACAGUGAACAACAGCUGAGAGAUGUUCCAGUGAUCCCCAUGAUUAGCAGCCGUACACUGUGUCUUCACUUCCAUCCCCGAAGAGGCCUGCACCACCAUGUUCCUGUCAUGUUUGACUAUUUCCACCUGUCAGUGAUAUCCGUCACGGUGCAUGCGUCACUGGUAGCAUUACACCAGCCUCUGAUCAGUUUUGCUCGUCCGGGGAAAGGAUCAUGGCUUGGUAAAGGCAACCUGGAGACAGGACCAGACCAGUCCAGUAUGUCCUUAGAGAAUCUAGUGUUUGGCGCUGGCUACUGCAAACCCACUUCCUCAGAGGGUAGCUUUUAUGUUCCUUCUGAAAACUGCAUGCAGCAUGCCUACAAAUGGCAUAAGGACCUGUGUCUUCUACUCUUGAAUGCUCAUAGAGGACUUCACAUGUACUACACCCUCAUAAUGAAGGAGAUUCCUGAAUUACCGCAGCUGAAGUUGGAGGAGCUAUCCGUGGAAGACACGUUAUCUCAGCUUUGUACGGAGCUUCAGCUGUUGAGCAAUCCAGAGAAGAUAGCAGAACAGAUAAGCAAGGACCUUGCCUGGCUUUGCUCCCACCUCUUGGCCCUGUGGACGCAGUUCCUGGAAGUGGCAACACUCCAUGCAGAAGUCACAGCUUAUCUGACUCAGGAACAUCACAUGUUAAGGGUAAGAAGAUUCUCAGAAGCCUUCUUCUACACUGAGCACCAGAAACUCGCUGUGCUGACAUUUCAGGAAGGCCUGAUCCAAAGUCAUGGACAGAUUUCUACAGAAAUUCGGAAUUCAGAGUACUUCACCAGCAUGCCCCCUCUGCCAGCAGAAUGCCUCGACAUAGACGGGGACUGGAACACACUCCCAGUUAUAUUUGAAGACAGGUACAUGGAUUUGCCUUGCAAAGACCAGAAUUUGGAUGUUUUCCCAGAUUUUGAGGUUCCUGCAAGUACACAAAUGGAUGCAAUAGGCAACAAGGAAGAUUUUGCAUCACACGAUGCAGUAGCGAAAGGAGACUUUGGGAAAGGUACUCUGCUAAUUCACACAGACAGAAUAAAUGGGAAUCCCUCCUGUCUAUACAGUGGUACUGAAGGUGCUGCUUAUACAGCUAAAGGUUUAAACCAGCACUCCACAUCUCAGGUAUGUACAGUGAACAAAGAAGGCCAAAGGAAACCUGAAAAUAUUUUUGUUUCAAGUAAAGGAACUGCUUCUAACUCGGAGCUGGGCAAUAGCGAAUGCAUAUCAGAGGACUUUAAAACAUCUGAGGAUGUUUCAUUAAAAGACAAUAGACUUGCACCAGAUGUUACCUAUGGAGAUACAAAACCUAGCAAUAAGGAUUCCCACAAAAGUGAACCCGUGUUAAUUGUUAGUGCUCAGGAUGACUGCGGAGCAUGUGGAACUGAUGGCUUGGAAAGCAGGACUGAAUUACAUAAAACAGCUGAAUCUAGUCAUCCGGCAAAUAAUUUCACUUCGUCUGAACUUGCACUAAAUGAACUAACCAGUCUUGAAAAACCAGCAGAUCCAGAUGCCAAGGCUCUGUUACCUGUUUUGAAAGCUGUGCCCACCCACAGCUUUGAAAUGAAAUUGUUCACAAAGGAACAACGAGCUGAAGAAUGUGAAGAGUUUACCCUGAUGUCAGGGGUUAUAAAGAGAUCUUCUUCAAUAAUAUCUGAUUCGGGCAUUGAAAGUGAACCAAGCUCGGUGGCAUGGUCUGAUGCACGUAGUCGGGCUCUGGAGCUGCCCAGUGAUCGAGAGAUCCUACACCACUUGGUACGGAGACAUGCCAUUCACCGAAAUUCCCUGGAGGGUGGCCACACGGAAAGCAAUACCAGCUUGCCCAGUGGGAUCCAAGCAUCGCUCACGUCCAUUAGCUCUUUGCCCUUUGAGGAAGAGGAGAGGGAAGUAGAGCUUACCAAACUGACCAAAUCUGUUUCAGCUCCUCAGAUCAGCAGCCCGGAAGAGCCUGUGGAGGAGGUGGAUAUAGCCAAACACAGUGAAGCACCCUCAGGAGCUUCAGGAGGAAACUUAAAAAGUUGCAUGGAAACAGAGAGCAGAGACAGUCCAUUAACUGUGAACUUUUCUGAAAGUCAGAUUGCUGAAAGUGGUCAGACCACUGAAAGUGGUCGACUAGAACCGAAAGGACAUCCAAAACCCUCUGCUAAACGCAGUAGCAGUAACACUGAGUUACAAGGGGAAGGGGAGAAGGAAGGUUUUUCAGAGACAUACUGCAGUUUGGAAUGUGCAGAAACCCCUGUAACUCAAAAGCAGCUCAGAGAUGAUGAUUCUGAAUGCCAGUCAGUGGAGAGCAGUGGCGAGUGCAGCUUAAAAACACCAACAGCUUGUAGUUACUUGGACAUGAAUAUAGGUAAUUUUGAUACAUCCAUUGAGGAUCCAAAGGAUAAACCUAAGCCAGACAGUUUGAACAUACAGCAAGACUUUUAUUCCGGUUUUAGGAUAUCAGGAGAGGAGAAUUUCUCACAUGGCAUGAAGCUGGUGCCAGAUUUUUGUUAUCCUGUUCCAACUCCCUUGGAGACCUCCACUGAGUUUGGCCCAAUGCAAGGAGAGCGUGCUGACUCUGCUGCUGACAAAAGCCUGGCAGUAUAUGCAGAAAUGCAGGGUUUACAAGAAAUUGAGCUCAACGAUUCACCCGCCUCAGCGCCGCCUGCCACAGGAUCCUACCAGGCUGAAUUUCCUCAGGAACCUGACAACAGAGAGCAUAAACUUGUAGCUAAUGGCACCGGGUUUCAUUCGGUGACAACGGAAGGGGUAGCACUGGAAAGCAGAAAGUCUGUUGAUGUGGUUAACCUGUCUGUCUCCUGCACUGCCACAUGUCUUCCUUUUUCUUCCGUGCUCAAGGAGACCCCUGCUAUGGUCGGCUUCUCUUCAAAGCAGGCUCCAUUUCCCAUUACGCGCCAGCCUCUAGGCUCUUUCGGAGUUGUCUCUUCUAAUUCAAAUGAGAUGGAUGAAGAGGCCAAUGAAAGGAUGCUGAAUUUUUAUCAGGCCAAAGAAAAAUUUAAAAAAGAAAUGAAGAUUGAAGGAUUUCUGUACAGUGACUUAUCUGUACUAGCUUCUGAUAUCCCAUAUUUUCCACCAGAGGAAGAGGAAGAAAAUUUGGAAGAUGGAAUUCACCUGGUUGUCUGUGUCCAUGGGUUGGAUGGUAACAGUGCAGAUCUGCGGCUGGUAAAGACGUUUAUAGAACUGGGCCUUCCUGGUGGAAAACUGGACUUCCUAAUGUCUGAAAGGAAUCAGACUGAUACUUUUGCUGAUUUUGAUACAAUGACUGACCGAUUAUUGGAUGAAAUUAUUCAGCAUAUCCAGUUGUACAACCUCUCCAUAUCGCGAAUAAGUUUUAUCGGACAUUCCCUUGGUAACGUCAUCAUCCGAUCUGUACUAACUCGCCCCAGGUUUCGCUAUUACCUCAACAAAUUACACACCUUCCUGUCCCUCUCUGGGCCUCACCUGGGAACCCUUUACAACAACAGUACUUUGGUUAGUACAGGCCUAUGGCUCAUGCAGAAGUUGAAAAAAUCAGGGUCACUUUUGCAACUGACCUUCAGGGACAAUGCAGAUCUGCGCAAAUGUUUCCUCUAUCAGCUCAGCCAAAAAACAGGUCUUCAGUACUUUAAAAAUGUUGUGCUAGUGGCCUCACCUCAAGACAGAUAUGUACCCUUUCAUUCGGCAAGAAUAGAAAUGUGCAAAAAUGCACUUAAAGACAGGCACACAGGUCCUGUUUAUGCAGAAAUGAUUAACAACCUGCUCCAGCCAUUGAUUGGGGCGAAGGACUGCACUUUAAUACGACACAAUGUGUUCCACGCUCUGCCAAACACCGCCAACACGCUGAUAGGACGGGCCGCCCACAUCGCAGUGCUGGACUCUGAACUUUUCCUGGAGAAGUUUUUCCUCGUGGCAGGACUCAACUACUUCAAAUAGUGCCUGAAGUACCGGGUAACAGAAGCAAAACAUUUUGUUGAGUGGAGAAUCCCUUAGCCAAAAAAGUGCAGUAUCAGAAACGAGAUCAGGUGGGACUUCCAAACUCUCUCCAUUUUCAUUUCUGUUCCAGAGAAUAAAGUUCUAUGGCUUUAAGGUAUCCAAGCUUCCAAGUACUGGUGCUUUUGGAAGAAAUAAAUAUCUCUCUUGAGUUUCUACGCUCUUUGUCCACAUAAAGACAUAAGCCACUUCUGAAACAGAAUCAGAAUAAGAAGGCUAAUUCUCUAAAUGUUAUUGGACCAAUUUGAUUUCCAUUUCUCUCAGUUAUUAACCCAGGAACCUGGCUGUCCUUGAUUUAAUGUUUAUUUAUGUAUUAUCAAAGCUAUACAUCUGUAGCACUUUGGGGGUAGUUAACACAAGAGGAAACAAGUGUAUAUGAACUCAGGUUAAAACCUCCUUUGUGAUGAACUGAAAAGUCUGGAAAACAUUUGUGAAAGAUUUAAUGGUUCCAUUGUUGAAAGAAAAAGCUCAAAUAGUUCCAUUGUUGGUAAUCAUUUGUAACAUGCAUACAUUGAAAGAAUGGAAAGGGAAGAAAUAUUUUAAAUAGAAUGAAGAAACCUUGAUUUUUUUUUAAGUUUAAUUUGGAUUUUUUUUCUUCAAGUUAGAAGCUGCCAAACCAAGAGGAAUCUAUUGGAAUACUUGUGAAAUAUCAGUGACAUCUGUUAACACUUAUCCUGUUUACAUUUAUAGAGUAUUAUUAUUGUGCUUGUCAUUAUGACCUUAGAGGUCUUUGCUUUCAAAUGUGUAUCUAGGUACACUUGCCCCAAUAAAUAAAAUGUUUAUUUAUUACUUUGAGCUGAAAUUCAAAACCUAGCCAGUAAUACAGCUACAAAACCAAUCAGAUGAAAAUAGUCUGGUGAUACAGAGUGGUAAGCACUGUGGAAAGCUUAAAAAUACAGGGAUAUCUUCUUAGGCUGCUCUGCAAUGCCAUACUAAUGCUCUACUAAUGUCCAUUUACAGUGCUACAAACACCCUAAUUAUUGUAUGGUUACAGCUGGUUGAAACAUUUAAACCUAUGUUCAUACAAAGAUAUUACAAUUCUUUUUGAGGGUUUGGAAAAGAACCCAUUUUUCACUUUUUCUAGUUUUUUUGUAAUUUUUAAUUAAAAUUUGUAUCAAAAAGUUAUCAGCAUUUAAAAUGACAAAUUUCAAUAACUUUCUAUGUUUUCAUACCAUUUUGAUAAAUUUUCAAUGUCACAGCCGUUUUUUCAAAAAAGGGAAAGUGAAUAAUUCUUCACAAAUACUUAUUUGUUUGGAAGAAAGAUGAUUUUUAAAUGCAAACAUUUUUUAUUUAAAAACAUAACUGACCAGCUCUCCAUAUCUUCUGACAAAAGCAGUGAAAAAUGACAAAGAUGGUUCCAGGUGUCAAGACUCUCAGCAGUUAAUUAAAGUCAAGUCAGCAGAGAUCCCUGAAAUAGGUGAGUUAAAAUAAUAAUAAUAAUAACAAUAAAAAAUAAACAGGGGAAACAUUUGUGCAUGAAAAAGUUAGUUUUUAAGUAAAACUAGUAUUCAAAAGAAGAAAGUGGACAAGUUGUGCAGAAUUAGUUCAGAAAAAGAGUUGCUAGCAGACUGGCAAACACUGCUAAAAAGUGAGGCUGGUUUGAUAUGUAGGUGUAUUUUUAAAUAGAAAGAAAUAAGAAGGAAUAUACAAAAGGGUGGGAUUAAGAUCAUCUGAAAAUAAGAAGUUGUAUUGCACCUAAAAAUUAUCUUCUGCCACUCAAAGGUCACAUUGAAAUUAAGUAGAAAUACUUAUAUGGUAAGUUUCAAUGCUGACAAAUUUUGUGAACAUUAAAUAUUGUUGCAGUACUUGAAUGAAAUAGGUAGAUACUAUUAUCCCUUUUUCUUUUAUAAACUGGCAGUUUAAAGCCAAAAGCGGGAUUUACCUGGUUUACAAAAAAUUCGAUGUCAGUAAUGAAGAACUUCUGGCUCCCACUUCUGGUUUUGGAAGUCUUCAUCCAUCACUUUUCUGCCUCUACAUUUUAGUGCUGGCUAAACGUACAUAUCACAGCUUACUUCUUCCUUGGCAAAUCGUUUACACAGUUUCGAGUAUAAUCGGGGAUGUAGGCUGAGCUUUCAUACAGCACAAUGGUUUUGAUCUGCAGUCACAGACUUCUAAGGAAUAUGCAAAAGCAAGUGAGAAAAGCAGUCCCCACCGUCGGUAGCUUUUAAUGCUGCACAGAAGGGUUGGCUCCUCCUUUAGAAAAUGUUUAGGUGCCUGCAAAUGGAAAAUACUGAAAAUCGUUGAGAGGCUAGUUUGCACAAAUUUAAAUAAAUAACUACACAUUAAUAUGUGCAUUUAUGUACAUAUGCAUAUAUAUUUAACUUAUAUAUAUAAUAUGUAUGUAUAUACAUAAAUCUAUACAAAGUCUGCUUAUUUCAAGCUCUCACAUUCAGCUGUUUUUAAUACUGAGUAUACUGAGUCCAACAACAUGCCACGGUAUCCAUUCUUACACUCAGAUUGGUGGUUUCUUGCCUCACCUUUUGGACUAGACAGCAUUCCCGGCCUUCUGUUUGCAUGAGUGUGAGAAAGAGGGGAAAUGUGAGACGGUCUCUUCUGUAUUAGUGCAGAACUUGGUGGCCCUUUCAGCAUGUUCACUUCUGCUCUCACUGCUGCCAGUGCUAUGACUGAUGGGAAAAAUAACUAAAGGUUUCUAUAUGUGUAAUGUUCUUCCAUGGCUCAAAGUCUGGUUGCAGUGGGAGAUUGGGCCCAUACAGCUUGCUCCUUGGAGGGCAUGAUAGAGAGUGGCUAAAAAUCUGGGACAUGUCAUUCCUGUGAAAAGUUGAGACAUAGGUUUUAUCUUCCUUAAGCUGCCAGAAGGUUGUGAGAAAUAUUGGCAAUAACUGUCUAGCUUAGCAUUCAUUUUGAAGCUCUUAGAAUGGUCUCCAUUUUUCUUCUUUUAUUUUUUUAAUGGAAUCUUGCUUUGGUAAUGAUUCAGAAUAUUGUAAAUCCACUCCUACAGUGUAUUAUACUGAACAGAAAGCCUCAUUAUUGUUAUAAUGUAAAUAACAUGUAAGUGGCUGGACAUCAUAAAAAUAUAGUAAUCUACAUGGACUCAUUUCCAGAAGGUUUUUAUAUAAUGAUUUAUACAUAGAGAAAUAUAUAUUAAGAAUUACCUUCUUAACAAAUAGCAAAAUAUCUGCAUAGUUAGCAUCUUUGUUUCUGUGUUGACCUUUGGAAUUUUAAUGUGUUGUCCUUUCACAGAAAGCCUCUUAAAUUACAUUUAGGUACAUUAGCAGUACCACUACAAGGAUUUCCCUUCAAAUUGCACAAGCUCCUCUUGGUUUGGUGUAUCAAUGGGGGCUGUGCUUAAAUUCUUAAGUCCUUAAAUUGAUGGUGGAUAAGACAGGCUUUCAAGAGCUUGGACAGAGGAGGGGGCAGUCUGACUUUUUUUGUAGUUUGUUUUUCUUUAAAGCCUCAGUCCUGAUGUAGAAGCCUCCUAACAGCUUUCCACUCUGUUCAGUGAGUACAUGAAUAGCAUCCUUAUUCUACACUGAGCAACAUUUAGCAAGACUGUUCCUGUAUUUCACUCAAAGGGGACGUUCUCAGUACUGUCACUGGGACAACCUCAAGUUUUGGGGCUGUUCAGUUGUGCUGGCAAAUUGGAUUUUGCCCACUUAGCCAUCUCCCUUUCUGCUCCUAUGGGAAGGGAUGGGGCAGAGAAGGAAUAUGGCUGGGACACCCCGGGAAACAGCUGGGAUCGGGGGUGACAGCUGCUGCUUUGGUGCAUGGCAGCAAUGGCAGAAACAAACCUGGCUUUCCACACCACUAACUCAACAAAAUAGGUAGUUAGACCAACAUUUUUUCUCAUCCUGUUGUAGUCCACUCACUAGGCAACUGUCCACUUUGUCAUUAUCUGGAUACAGCCCUGAGACUAAUGCUAGUUGUAUUUGAAGUAAAACUUCAAUCGGAUUCUUCUUUAGAGAAGAAAAAACAAAUCUGGCAACGCAGGGCUGCUUCUUGAGCACCUAUGUGUGAAGUAUUAGGACCAGCAUGGUAGACGUCCUGGGUCCUACAGGUGAGGGACAUUUUGCUAGUGAGGUUUGGUGAUGUUAAAAUUUGUGUGGAUUAUAGCCCAAACUGGUAAGUUCUCUCAAGGCAAGGUGACAGCCUAUAUGAAGGAAAAGAGAUGCAAAGACAGAAGAUCUCAGGGCAUGGAAGUAAUGGAAAGGACCAAAGGAAAAGCAGGAAAGGAGGGGAAGCUGCAUAGGCAAAGGUGAAUUUCCUGACAAAGAACUGAAAAAAACCUCAAUACUGAGUAGGAUCAUCUCACUUAACAUUAGACAAUUAUGUUCUAGAUGUCUGUUUGUAGUCUGGUGGAGGGGAUUUGCCUCCUUUUGUGGUCAGUGGAAGGAAAGAUGGACUUUUAGAAUGUGCUUUAUCUGACCUAUAUUACUUGUCUAUUCCAGGUUCCUCUAAGAAUGCCUGUUCCUCUCCACUGGUUGUGUAGGAAAUCAGAUGUAGACAUCUAUUUUGUAGAUAGCUACACCUGAGCAGAUGGAUUCCACACAGUGAUGGAACCCUUAUGGGACUCCAUUCCCAUCCCAAAGGCCUGGCACACUGUAUCUUAAAAUAGCACUUAAAUUUUGAAGCCAUCUCCUUUUCAGUGAUAGAGUUAUCUAGCUGGGAUGGCACAGAAAUUUUAAGAGGAAGAAGAAACAAACACAUCCAAUUUUACUGAAAAAUUCAUAGCAUGACAUGGUAAAAAGACACAAUGAAGCUUUGACUUCUUUUCCAUCUCUACUAUACAUUAAAAAUAUAUAUAUGUAUAAGCAAUGCAUAGUAUUUAAAGGGUUUGGCGCUAAGUAUAUAAAAAGUGGAAGUACUUGAGAAAAAUGUGGUAUAACAUUUCAGUGGAUAUCAUGUCUUUAUUAAUAGCUGGCUGAAAUUCUCUUAAUUUGAGGCCGUAAGAGCCCAUUCAACUCUGAUUGUGUGAGAAUUUCAUCUCUUUUGAAAAGGAAAAUUUGUUUUUUGAAUAUGAAUGGAAAUAAACUGUAGUGAAGUAAAUGUGAGAGGCUGAGGGAUAGAAAGGGACUAGCUGUUUCUGCAGAUGAGCUGAUGAUUUUCAAGCGGCUGUAUUUCUAAUCUCCUGGUGAUAUUUGCAGGCUGACCUGCACAAAACCUGGAGAAACCCCUGAAUAUGUUUCUGCUUCUAGAGUAGAAUUAAGAUAGUCUAAUUUGUUUAGCUAAAAAUUAGUUGCAAAAUGAUUUUGUCCUACUAAAGGAAGUAUCUAAAUUCUCUAUAUAAUCAAUGAAGAGAGGCAGGCACUACAGAAAGUCUGCUAGAGGGAUCUUGCUUUCUUAUUUGAUAGCCUUCAGAGUUACUUAUCUCUCUCCACUUACCAGAGAACUUACUGUGGGGCUCAUUUUCUGGGUCCCUAAGAUGCCAGCUAUAGCUGUUAGCUAUUCAGUUUUUCAUAUGUAAGUGGAAGUUUUGGCUGGCACAGCUAGAUUACCAGUGAACACUGAAGAAGCAUACCAGGCUCCUUUAAAAUUUGGCUGGAAGUGUGUCUUUUACCAGCUUCCAAUGUAUGCUCAUCUUUUCUUUUACAAAAGUAUCUAUUUGCUUUCAAAAUCACAUCUGUCUGCUGACAAUAGUGGAAGUUGAAAUUGCUUACCACUUUAAAGGACUGUGUCCUAAAGGCUUGAAACCUUCGUACACAGCUUUGGAAAUUACUAACAGCAAUACCGAGCACUAUUUUAUUUCAAAGGCACCCAUAUAAAAUGCUUUGACGGAUCCUCUUCACUAUUCCCUUGCCAGAAGGGCAAGCCAAGCUUGAGAGAGAAAGCUAUUACAAGACCACGUGGAAACUGAGAAUUCAGGCCAAAGCUUUCAUUAGAAUCCAUAGUUUCCUUUGGAGCUUUCUGCAUGUUAAGGAAAGAAGCUCUCUUGCAUUCUGCCUCUGCAUUUGAAAUAGCUGAGUGAUGACACAGAAGGAAAGCGAGAAGUUCUAGCAAUAGGGUUAGACCCUGUGAAGUUUUAUGCAAAUAUCCUAUGAAACUUUAUACAUAGUGAAUAGUCAUGGGGCAGUUCUACAGCGGUCUCCGUAUGCCAAUAUGUGUCAGCCUAGCUGAAUGGUUGUUUUCUUUGUGAACUGAAAUUUCCAUUGGCAAAUUAGCAUCAGAACAGACCAUCGUAUUUCACUCCAGCUGAUCAUCUGGAUGCUAAAGGUCAUGUCCAUGGAGGGCUCUUAUGGAGUAUUUUGUUUUAUCUCCAUAUAUGUGCUCAUCAAUUUUGUUGUUAAAUAUUAUUAAGUAAUUGAUAAUUCUAGCUCAAUCUUUAUCCCCUCUCCUGGGGUGUAUUUAAUCAUGAAAUGGUUUUCAGGUAUAAAUUAGCAUAAAUCCAUGUCUGUUGAAGUCAGAGUUCAUUCCACUCAUUCUCAUGUUUGAAUACCAUUGACUUAUGGCAAGCUACAUCACCAGAGUCUCAGGAACUUCAUGAAAUAUAGUAGAUCUAUGUGCGCAGAGCAUUACUGAAUUAAAAAUUAGCAAAUUAAUAUUUGGAGGCCUCAAAUACCUAGUUUUGGACUUGCUUGGUCUAUAACCCACUCUUCUCUGGUUUAAGUUUAUCUUUUGAAUCAAUACGUUGUGACCACAGCAAGAUCAUCCCUCUUGUUCUUUAGAUGUACUCUUUUCUCAUGAUUCCCCUAAUUUUCUGUCCCUUAAAUAGCCUAAUCAGCCCUGAGCUAUGAUUCUGCUUUGCCCAAUCAUUCACAAGAGUGCAUGGUCACCUUGCCGCAAUCUGACUACAUCACCUGCUUUUCUUUUGUCUAAGGCUUCCAAGAAUUGCUCUGUUCUUAAGCCCUCAGUCCUUUCCUUCAUGCAAGGUUGCAAAAUUUUCUAUCUGAACCAGACCAACCUCUGCUUUUACAUCUGUGUGAUGUGGGAUUUUCAUGAUGUGCCCCAACAGAACUUUACCCCAAACUAAAGUUUAUCAUUCGUUAAACCUUAUCAGGAAACUGAAAUGCAGAACCUCUGAUUAAUUUGUGCUUUGUGAUGGACAAAAGAUAUUUUGCUGAUUUUGUGUAGGUGUUAUACUCAAUUUACACUGGUUUAUUCCAGACUGCUUUGCACAGUCUUUCUGUAGGCCUUCUCUGUGUCAUAGUAUUGUGUUGCUGUUGUGACCUUUUCCUUCCUUCCAUGACAUUUUUGUUUGCUCAGAAUGCAACUCUAGAUAUUAGAGAGAACUGUUUCAUGCAGGUGAUAAUCAUCUCUUUAAAAUGACAGAACCAAGUGAAGGAUACACCCUUUUAAAGAAAAAAAAUCAAUAAUUUGUACUUAAAAUACUCCAUAAACCUAGUCCAGAUCAUUCUGAAAUUAAUUAAAAGCUCUCCUGAUAAUUCUAAGUAUGUCACAUAUAGCCACACACAAUUCUUGGCAUAGCGUAUAUUGUUGAUGGUGUUUACUCCAGAGACUCUGAAGUCAGGGUGGAGGUGCAUUCACAAAUGUGUUCAGCACUGCCUUCCAUUCCACUUAUCCAGGAGUGGUAUGUCAUGUCCUGUUUCUGUGAGAGCUAUUAUCUCCUUCUAUCUGGGCCUUUUCCUUGACUAGGAGGACUGAGGCAACCACCACCUUACGUUCCCGUCCUCCUCAUACUUGCCCCCAGGGCUCUAUGAUCAUCUCUGAUAUUCUCAGGGUUUACCCUGGUCUUGUCAUUGGUGCCCACAUACAUGAACAGCAAAGGAGAAGAGUCCGAAGGCCAGAUGAGCCUAUGCAGUCUUUCUGUAAUGUCAUGAAUCUGGGCUCCAGGUAUCAGUAAACCUCUUUGGAUGAUAGGUGCCUCUGUUCUGUUGGAGAGAAAGUCAGCAGCUGUUGGCUCUCAUCACCUCCUCUUUCUCCCUCAUAUCCUAAUCUGAAUAGCUAGAGCUGGAGCCUUCCUCCUGUUGCCAGAAUUCACAAGCUUCCAGCUUGCACCCCCUGCCCACCUUCAAGUCAGUAUUUACUUCCUGCUCCUGUGAUGCUUUGUUUAAGGUGAUUGCACCAGCAGGCACAAAGAGUUGCAUCCUGUGGCAUAUGAACAUCACUGGUGGACCUGCCUUUCCGCACACGAGUCAUCUUGUCUCCAUUGCGUCCCUGGCAUGCCCAUUGCUGUGCUACUUGCUUCACUCCUGUUUGCCCAUCUUACCUGAGGUGAUACUAGUCACUGCUGAUCUUUAGGUGCAAACAGUGAAGAAGCCCGAUUUGAGCUUGCUUCAACCUUUCGUGAGAAACAGGGAUGUUCACUUACCUUGUGAACUCCAGGUCCUCAGCAUGCUGCUUCCUCAUGUGCUGCAGCCUGAAAGAGCUGCUGCCACUGCUGUUUCUUCUCUGUUUAUAAUAGGACUAUAUAUUACAUGUACACUUUCCUAAGGCAAAUACAUGUAUUGAAUAAAAAUGCUUAUGAAAACAAUUUAAUCAGUGUAGAGCUGCUUUAAAUGCAGAUGAGUCAGGCCUUUCCUGCAUAGGAUAAGAGCAUAAAGAAUAAAUAUGCAUAAGCUCUGCUAAUGCAAAAGGUCAGACUAAAUUAACUUCUAGUACAACCUUGAAACUUGAUUUAUCUGUUUCUGCAAAUUCAACUCUCUACUUUUGCCUAAAGCACUGAAAGAUCCUCUUAUACGUGCAGCAAAAUCAUCACAGCUGUCCAAAACCGAUUUUCUCACAUUCAUACACACUAUGUGCCAGAAGUCCAUUAGCUAUAUGCAUGGAGCUGCACAUCUCCAAGUAGCUUCUGCCCCUAAAAAUAUGAAACUGUGGCGGAGUAAAUUGGACUACUAUUACUGCAAGCCCACAGGCAUUUCAUAUGCUGAGAAAUACCAGCUACAAACACAAAGAGCUUAUUCAAAGGAAGAAAACACCUUCUUGAAAACCACAUAAAAGUCUAGCCUGAAAGAAUCAUACAUAUAUAUAUAUAUUUCUGGGUGGAGGCGGGGGUCCAAAUACUCACUUAUUCCACACUACCCAUAAGCAGGAUUAAUCUAGUCAACAAAACAGCCUCUGAAGCCCCAGUAUUUCAGUUUUCAGGUUAGUUUCUAGUAAUUCAUGUAAGCUUUUCAUUCCUUCCUGAAAGUGAAAGUACUGGCAAAAGUCUACCUGUCCCAUUUCAGGAGAAACACUCUCUUACUCUUUGCUAUUUUAAUGUGGGUAAGGCAACCUGCACCACUCCUGAUUGUGGUGAGAUGUCAAGGCAUUUCUAAUACAGUCAUGCAUGCAGCCAAAUGCAUCGGAAAGGAUGAAAAAGAGACAAAGAGAAUCUUUUUGACCCAACAUGUGUCAUCACCUUCAAUAAGAAUGAUAAUGCAAAAUUUAGCUCUUGUAUACCAUUCCUCUUAUUGUUAUUGAAGUUGUGAUUGUGACUGUGGUGAUUGCUGAGACUAAUAGGUUACUGUUCCUUUGGGGAUGUGUGGGGGGUUACCUUAGUUAUCCUUCAGUGCUCCUGGGAGGGAGCAGUUUGCUGGCUUCCUCCAUCUCACUGGAGGAGAGAGACUGGCUUAUACAAUGAAAUGUCAAGCUCCUGGCACCCCAUUAGCAGCCUAAUCUUAUCUAAGCAGUCUUGAAUUUGAUGGGUGUUAUCUACCUCUUCCAUGGCUUCCAUGGUCAAUGCAACGUGUCAAAUCAAAACUGCCAUAUCUCCCAAGACAGGAAGCUUGCCACCAUUUUUUUUGUUUUUCUUGGCAUCCACCUUCUUCAACCAAGCUUUCAUUUUUAAGCUGAUAGACCAAUAAUUUAUUGGUUUUGCCAAGCUUCUUACUAAUUUUAGUCUUGUAUACAUUGCUUAUGCAUCCAUUCUGGGGAAUUAGCUGUUUCCUUUCUCUUCUGUUAAAUCUUUGUAUGAAGGAGACCAGCCUACUAGUUGUGGUAAUCCCUUUGAGAAUACACGUCUAAAAAAAAAAAAAAAAAAAAAAAAAAUCAGCUAUAUCAGCAGUGUUUUCGAGAUUUCAUUUUUAUUGUGUUUGUUAUGCCAAGAAAGAAGCAACACUGGUGCUUUGUCCAAUGCCUUUUAGUGUCUCUAGCUGAGUAAGGAGCUCCUGUAGCUCUGAUAGACCAAGGAAGGAAGAAGGAGAAGAUGCCUGAUAAAUCCUCCUUUCUGUGAUAUGAUAUGGAUUUACCCCAGCCAAGAUGGCAGUGAUGAGGCAAAAAGCAAUAAUAAAGAAUAGUUUCCUGAACCCUAUCCUCUUCACCCUGAUAAAUUUCACCAGAAUGUGAUGAUGUUUGGGGAAAAUAUUGCAUCAAAAUCACAACACAGAUCAGUAUAUUCCUAAAUACUAAGUUCAGAAAAGAAUUGAAAUUCACGUCUAUGGUUUGUGACUUAGGUUCAUCUCUUUGCAGUAAGCUUUUUUAAAUCCUGAACAGUUAAAUGGUUCAGCUUACCGCAGGACUGCACUGACUUGAGCAAUGGAUCCAUCAGGAGUGAGUCCUCAUUUUAGACUAUGUCCUUCUAAGAUUGGUACCUAUAUCAGCAAAUUAUUUCUUUCUUCUGCUUUGGCUUUGAAAGUGUUGUUUGGUUUGUGCUUUUUUUGUUUGUUUGUUGUUUGGGGUUUUUUUCCAAUCAGUGUAGAUUAUGAAAUAUCAUGUUAAUAUAAAUUGGAAUUGGUCAUGUCAAGGUCCAGAUUAAAGGAAGGGCUGCCAUCUACAAAUUGAAUACUACAGUGCCUAGAUGUCUAGACCACAGUCAUGAAAUCAUUAAGUCCACCUGGACUCGAUCAAUAGAAAACACACUUUACUAGGGUGUCUCUUGCAUCUCAUACCUUCCAGGAGCUUUGUCCUCUAAACGAAGGUUGUUAGGAAGCUUCCUGACAAGAGGGUAUUACAUAGUGUUUAGAAGAGUUUUCUAAAGUUCUUUCUUUUAGAAUGGUGUAGGUAUUACCCAACCGUUAUCUAGCAAGGUAGUGACUGCAACUUUUGGUCAGGAUUUGGAAGACCAGAAUUAAUUCCUCCACUCAGCCUGAAGAUAUUCAAGGAUACAUCUACCACACUCUGUAAGAAUAUGCUAAACCAGGUUGUUAUUUUCUGCCCUUGAAGAUGGGCUACAGUUGAGAAAGUCUGUGUGAGAAAGAAAUUAGCUACCACGACAUUUUGGGAAGCUCCUAGUUCAGAUGGGGGAGCUGUUAGAGGUGCUCAUACUUGCUUGAGCUCCAGAACUGAUUUGUAUUGCACCAUAUCAAGCUUUUGGAUAUCCUGAGAUGGGAGCUAUGCACCAGCUUCUUCUGGUUGGCAAUACUUACUCCAAUAUCAGGUGCAAAACAGUGGGCAUUUGGAGAACUUUUGGUCUUUCGGACCAAAGAGUCUCCCAAAUAGUUUUUUUUAAACAGACCUCAAUCAUCUGUUUAAAUCCCUUUAUACAUAAUCAAGUCAUUUUUUUAAAAAAAAAAUCCGACCUUAAGACUUGAUCUUCCCAUUUAAGUUUAGACAAUUAGACACAGCAUUUGAAAUAUCAGAAAGAUCAAUUUGCUCUAUGGUUACAUAGAGAAGAGAGUUUCCUUGAGAGAACAGUACAAGUCUUAUAUGAAAGAAAUUGUUUGCUGGGGGAUCUUCUCUCUUUCUUAGAGGGAGCUUUUGAUAAGAGGGCUCUUUAAUUCAGGAAAUUCAAGGACAUGGGGGAAUUCCCUCCUCUCUCCACUCCCUCUAUUCCAUGCUGCAAAUUUUACAUGCGGGUGCUGAAAAUUAGAAAAUAUCAAUUUAUAUUCCAAGCAAAACAUAUCUGUGAGGCAGGUCUUUUCUGCUGUCAUCUCUUUCCCUGUGUGUGCUGUACAUAGGAAAUUACUGUGGUUUUGACCCUGGAACCACUAUCUUGGCUUGAGAGUCAUGAAAGUCCCCAUGAUACACUUUUUAUAGGGAAUUAAAAUUGUAACCAUCCAAAUCACACUCUAACUUUUUAAUAUUUAAAGUUAGCCAAGUUAUCAGAAUUAAAUUCUCAAUUGUACAGUAUCUAUUCAGAUGAAGCACCUCACCCCACUGGAAUAAUUAUCAGCUCAUCCAGUCUUUGAAAUGAUAACCCCUAAAAUUUGAGCUUCACUGUUUCUUGACUGACAUGUGGAAUAGAAUUUAGCCAACAGGAGCACAGUUCUGUCAAGACUCUUAUCCUAGGUCUCAAAGAGUUAUGUUUUAGUUAUUUUAUUUAUUGAUAGGCAAAUAUAAUUUAGAAUUUAAAACCUAAGUAUUUCCUGUAAGUAAUUAUCUCUGCGGCUAGUUUUCUUUAAACGUACUACACUAUUUAGUUAACAAGAACAAAGCUAGAAGAGUUUGAAAGGGAUUUUUUUUUUUCCAAAUAAGUAACUGACAGAAAAUCAUAAUGUGGACUUGAAAUACUAAUGAGCUGAGUUUCAAGUGAUUAAUUACAACUUUAUGCAUUUUUUUCAUAAAAAAUAUAAAAUUCAGUUUUCUGACUCUUGGACUUGAAAAUCAUUUGUACCCAUGCAUAGUGAAUGUAAGAUACUAGCAUUGGUAUAUAUGCCCAUGUUUGUACGCACAGGCUGCAAAGCAAUGCAUCAGAGAUGUAUCAUUUUCCAAGUACUUCCUUUAAGGCUGAUUGUUCAGGGCAAGUAAUAUGCAUGAUAUAACUGGUGCAUGUAACAGUAAGUACAGCCUUCUGCAAAUUUGGAUUAAAAGCCAGUAACUUUAUUCUGAGGCUGAACUUUGCAGAUGAGUAGUUUAUGGCAUUUUUAAGUGUAGCCAUUUCUGUGGUCUGAAUACGAGUACAACUGAUUCUGUCAUAUGACACUAGAGGUUAUACUUUUAAAUGAUAUAUUAUUACAUUUGAUUGAGGCAGUUAUCUUUCUUGCAAAUUAUAUCUCAAAUCAGACAGAAGAGGCAAUAAUUAGAGGCUAUGAACUUGGAAAAUCUGUAGUGUUUCUUUAUUUUUGAGAAGACACCAGGAUUUACAACACAUGCUCUGUUCUGCCUCUCUCUAAUUUACUUCCCUUUCCCCAAUGAAUGUUUGUCAACUGCCAUACACUUCAAUUUUCUUUAACUGUAUCUGUCAAGAUUUAAGUGAGAUUUAUAUAGAAAAAAACAAAACUUAUCAACAAAGUGGAAAUAAAUGAAGCUGAGUCAAGUCCGUGACAUUUUAGGGAAAAUGCAGUUGCAAAUCAAUUUCUUUGAAAUGUAGGUUCUGACUCAACAGCAUUCACAAGGUCUUGACUAACCAUCUGAUCCUGAGAAAUGCUGCUCAGAUGCACUUUCAGUAUCAUGGGCCAGGUCCCCAAGAGGGUUAAACUGAUGGAGCAGUUUGUAUAGCCCGAGGAUCUUGCCGAAUGGCAGCCAGUAGCAUUCACAGCAUCUCACAGUCAGACAACCAGAAGAUAAUAAAUGUCUUGGGUUCUUUUCCAGGCCAAUCUUCCAGUUGGCCAAUUAUAUUUGUAAAAGUAAUGUCUUUUUAGACAAAUGCAGACCUCUCCAAGGGAUCAAGUCAAUGGAUUAAUGUGGACAGAUCCUUAUAGGUUAAGGGAAAGGGCUUUUAAUUUUUAACUCUACUACUUUGAAUCAUGAUCAUACAAAAAAGGUGAUGAAAUCUGACAUGAUCCCUUGUAUAAACAAGAUCAUGAAUGUAAAGCUUAUAAUGCCACUGUGAAAUUUUAAUGCUUAUUUAUUAUGGUUAUGAUGAUACCUGUAUAAUAAGAUGAUGAUAAUAAUAAUGAAUAGUCAUCAGUGCCAAUAUGAUUCUACUAUUUUUCUACAUAUGCUUUAUUGUGGCAUUUUGUGUAGCUUGUGUUCUGUGUAAAGAAAUGUCAAUAAAAUCUUUGCUUCCUUUUGUCUGUA